UGAACUGACGAUGCCCAUGAAAACAUGUUUUCCCAUCCUCAUGGACUUCUAAGUGGUGUUUUGCGUGUGCUACAGUCAUAUUCACAUGUAUCAUCAAAGAAAAUCCAAGAUCUUCAUUGCAAAGUAUGAAAUCGGAGCCUGCCUAUACUAGGAAGUUUUGAGAAGGAUACAUAGUAGACAAUUACAUAGAAUAUUCAACGUUACAUGUAAAGUCUACAGAAUGUGGAAAAGUCUUCCACGUGUUUUGUCCUUAGUUGUACGGGGAUUCGCUUUGACUUUGGCGGUGCUUGCAACGAUUGUGGUCAUAAGAACGGCGACGUUCCCGUCCUACCAGACCUCCCCACCGGAAUGCAAGCUCACCGACCCCGACUUCAUCCCCGCCGAUCAAGAAAGACUGUCCCGGUUCACUUCAGCCAUCCAGUUCCGAACCGUGUCCUACGAACGCGGCGUAGGGACACCGCAGGAGUUAGCAAGGUUCACCCAGUUUAUCCGGGAGAGUUUCCCAACGAUUCACGGAUCACCGUUGGUCCGGAGGGAUGUCGUCGGGAACUAUAGCCUUCUGUACCGAGUGGAUGGCUCGGACGCCUCGCUGAAACCUUACAUGUUAGCAUCCCACCUAGACGUGGUCCCAAUCACACAGGAAGCGAACUGGGAAGCGCCACCGUUUUCAGGACAACUCAAAGACGGGUAUAUCUACGGUAGAGGGACCAUAGACGCCAAGCAUAGUCUGAUGGGGUGUUUAGAGGCUGUGGAGUUUAUCCUUUCGAGAGGACAUCGACCGAAACGCACGUUGUACCUCGCCUUCGGGCAUGACGAGGAGACAAGCGGCCAUUUUGGUGCGAAGGUCAUCGGUGAAAUGUUGGCUCAAAGGGGAGAGAAAAUAGAAUUUAUUCUUGACGAAGGAACUCCUGUAGGGGAAGGUCUUGUACCAGGUGUAAGUAAACAAGUUGCCCUGGUCAGUGUAGCUGAAAAGGGUUUCUUGCAGCUGCAUCUAACGGUGAAUGAAGAAGGUGGACACGCUUCUAUGCCUAGAUCUGAGUCAGCUAUCGGAAUUCUAUCCAAAGCUAUCAGUAAGCUUGAGGACAGCCCGCAUCCCAACAUGUUUAAGAUGUUUGGCACGGGCCCGGAGACCCGGAUGUUGGAGUACGUUGCCACGGAGAUGACCUUACCCUACCGGAUGUUGACCUCUAACCUCUGGCUCUUCUCCCCAUUGGUUGGCUGGGUGUACUCAAAGAAGCCGCAGACCAACGCGUUCGCUCGGACGACGACCGCUCUGACGCGGUUCAACGCUGGGGUCAAGGAUAACGUCAUCUCUCCUGAGGCCACGGCCGUGAUAGACCACCGGAUACAUCCAAGUUCAAGUGUGGAAGAAGUAAUUGAAUUUGACCGCAAGGUCAUCAAUGAUCCCAGGGUCAAGUUCAAUGUCAUCAACAACAUGGAACCUUCCCCGACGUCACCUUACGGAAAGGAUUCUCCCACAUAUAUGCUGCUACAGAAGACUAUUCAGCAGAUCUACCCUGAUGCCCUGGUGACCCCCACAUUUAUGGUAGCCAACACGGACACACGCCACUACUGGAGCCUCAGCAGCGCCAUCUACCGGUUCAACCCAUAUGUCAUGACGCCUUCCGAUCUACCACGAUUCCACGGUCUGAACGAGAGGAUAUCUGUGCAGAACUACGAAAGGGUCAUGAACUUUUACUAUCACCUCAUCGUGAAUAUGGAUGAGCCAUUGGAAAUAAAAAGACAUGGGCAUGAAGAUGAACUAUAG